AUGUUAGAUGGAUGGGAUGACGAUUACGAUGAGUUGCUAAUAAACUUUAAACCUAUGACACGCGUAGAUGACGAUGAUACGUGUGAGCAACAGAAGCGGACUAACGAGGAAGAGGAGGAUCAACUUAGGUUGUUCUCCAGCCGUGAUGUUAUUGACCAUAAUGUACCACAAGUCAUAAAUGGUGGUGUCGAGCGCGCUCCCGACGAGCAGCAGCUGAUGCGCACAAUGUCCCCUUGUGUAUCAGUAGGAUCUGAGCGCUCCUUUGGUUUCACAUACGUAGAGAGUAAAGAGAACAGUGACCAAGGGCCUCCUACUACACGGAGUCACUCUAGUGAUCUUCAUGUACCUACUGACAGCGAGGAUGACAGUGAGGAGGGGUACCCAACUACCUUACAUGACAUUCCAAUACCUGAGAAGUCUUUACGCAUACAUGCCAUCAUGGCUCUACGUCGUGAAUUGGUACAGCUUAUCAGCGAGGCUCGAGGUUUGGCUAAUCUGAUCAAACCACCGAUAUCAAUGGAUAGGUGGGAUACAGAAUGUAUGGGGCAUAAGAACACCCAACGUCUACUACGAGCAAUGCAAUACCGUUCACCGGAAAAACAAAGCAUUGUUAGACUAACGCUAUGA